AUGUCGUUGACAAAAUCAACUAGAGAUGCAUCGAUAAUGAAAAUCAGAAGAGAAAGGAACGUGACGCUCUCAUAUCUAUUACUCACGAAGAGUAACUAUUCGGUGUGGGCAUUGAAGAUGCAGGUGAACUUGAAAGCACAAGGAGUGUGGGAACAAACACAAGGAGUGUGGGAAGCUGUGAUGCUCAACGAGGUCGAUGAACGAAAAGAUAGAAUGGCUCUUUCCGUCAUCUAUCAAGCGCUCCCCGAUGAAAUCCUUCUCAUGGUGGCCGAGAAGGAUUUCGUCAAGCAAGCGUGGAAGACACUAAAGACGAUGCAUGUUGGAGUGGAGAGAGUUAAGGAGACAAAAUUGCAAACCUUGAAGACACACUUCGAGACAAUUCACAUGAUGAACGGGGAGUCUGUGGAUGAUUUCGCUAUUAAAUUGACAUCCAUUAUGACUAGUAUCUGCUUGUUAGGAGUGAGGGUGGAGGAGAUCUUCGUUGUCAAGAAAAUCUUUAAAGACGUACCAAAAAAAUCCAUCCAGAUCGUUACCGUGAUCGAGCAAUUUGGUGACCUCAAGAAUAUGAUCGUCGAGGAGAUCACUGGUCGUCUCAAAAUCACGAGGAGAGACUUCACGGCUAUAAAGACCAAGAGGAGGAGAAUAACCUCUUGCUCACACAUGGUGAAAGGAUGUCAUGAAUGA